CCAAGGUGUGCCCUGUUACAGUGUGACACAGUGAUAUUAUUUAUGAGUGGAACUGGCGCCAUUUUUAACCUUUAAGUGUUUGUAAGUGAUUUCAGACAGACGGGAAUCCAUUAGUGAGGAAGAGGGAGGCAUUAUCCUCAGAUUACAUUUCAUGGAAAUUGAAAGAGAAAGGAGAGCUGGAGAGAAGGAAAGACACACAAUAGUCAACAUCACCGUUUGCAACAGAAGCUUCUAAAACACAGUGUAAAUUAAUAUUCUAAGGCUGAGACGUGUGAGUUAUGGACAGAGAGGACAGAGAUGUGAAGGGCAGUCUGACUGAAGCAAAGCACCGUGAAGACGACGCCAGACGACUCGUACCAGCAAGACAGAGACAGAAAGCUCAGCAACAACCAGCUGCAGAGGAGGGAUCCAAAGUGUUUGAGGAGUCGGUCUCCGUCUCCCCGGAACUGAGCAGUUGGAUCAAACUCAACGCUAACGACCUCAAGAUCCGGAUGACCGACCGCCAAUGGGCUGCUAAGACGGUCAACGAUUUCCGAAACAACCUGCUGAAAUUCCUGAAGAGCAACAGUGAUCAGCCGUUCUUCCAGUCAGCGGACCUCCUCAACACCGGCAGCUACUUUGAGAACGUCAAGAUCCGCCGUCCCAAUGAGUUUGACGUGAUGGUGAAGAUUCAGGUUUGCCCACGCCUCAACAUGAUCGACCUCGACGGCGGCCUCUUCUACCGGAUUGAUCUUCUCCGUCCCACUCGGGACCCCAUACGAGCCUUUCUCCUGGAGAAUAAACGCACAAUCUCAUCGAGUAAGUUCCUGAGUGAGAUGUAUCGUCUGGUCCGCAAGUUCCUCAAGACCUACAAAGUGCCUGAUGCGGGCUGUCGCUGGGAGGUGAACAGGAAGCAGAUGUACUCACCAGCUGUGACUUUGUCUCUGCGCAGGCUGGAAAACAUCAGUGAUGAGUUGAUCUCUGUGGACCUGGUUCCUGCUCUGGAAUGCUCUCAGGCCUGGCCGGUCCCGGUGCGUAACGGUCUGGAUGUGGACAGAUGGCUGGGAAAGAAGGUGCACCAAGAAUUCGAGAGUUCACCGUGUUACUUCGUACCAAAGAGGCUCAAAGGACGAAACCUCAGCGAGGACGCCAAAGAAAGUUGGAGGAUUUCUUUCUCUAAAGUUGAGAAGACAAUCAUGAGGAGCCAUGGCAACACGAAAACCUGCUGCGAGAGGAAAGACACCAAAUGCUGCCGUAAACAGUGCUUGAUGCUCCUCAAGUCUCUGAUUGAGGGCCUGAAACAACGUUUCCCCAAAGAACUGGAUCCCCUCUGCUCGUACCACGCGAAGACCACCUUCCUCCACACCCUGUCCCUUAGGUUUGACGACUCCAUGUGGGCUCAGCAGCAGCUCCCCGAGUGCUUCCUGCUCCUCCUCAGGGAUCUGCAGUCCCACGCUCGCACAGGCAAACUCCCUCACUUCUUCGUUCCUGGCUGCAACCUCUUCUCCGCGGAUGUCUUCCCCCAAAAAGCGCUGGCUUUCCUCACCAGUGCCUUGGAGGAGCAGAGGAGUGAAGGGCUGCCGCUGCUGAAGCCUCCAGCUCCUCUCCCACCUCUCAGACUAAGGAGUCCUUCAAGAGACGACAGCUCUGAGAUAUCCAGUGAUCAGUCGUCUAGUCGGACUGCAGUUUGCUCUCUGGACACGACAUAUGUACAUAAACUGGUCCUAGUGUUAGUAGCUGUAGCUGUAGCUGUGCUCUCUAUUUUGUAUGUAAGUGAUUGAAAAUUAGAAUACACACUAAAUAUAUGAAACAUUAUAUACACUCCUUCUUUUUAUGGAGUGUGUAAAUCAAGUGAAGACAAGGUGCUAAAGGGCAGUAUUUCUUAUUGAUAUGAAUUACAUUUUCCAUGGUGAUAAAGCGCUUCCAUUAGUAGUAUAGUAGUGUGUAUAUAAAUAUACUGUAUAUAUACUGUAUAUAUAUACAGUAUAUAUAUAUAUAUAUAUAUAUAUAUAUAUAUAUAUAUAUACAGUAUAUAUAUAAGGAUAAUAAGUAUCCUCAUGUUCAUCUUUAAUUGUUGAUUGCUUCAGAAAUGUUUUAAAAUGAGCCAAUAAUUGUGCAGUUAUUACAUUUCCUCUAUGAAUUUGAAUUAUUUGGUUUAUUUGGUAACUUUUGUUUUACUGUUUUUGGUAUUUCAAUGCACUGUCAAUGAAAUAUAGUGUGUUAAAUGUCUGUGGAGACUGCAUAUACAAUAAAAAACAAUAAACACAGCAACAACUCA